AUGCAGCGCAAGCGUGUUAAAGCCACCUUGAUCUGGCUGGCCAUUACCGGCUUGCUGGGUGCAGGCUUUAUCAGUCUUGAACUGUAUGAAUUUGCCCACCUGAUACAUGAAGGUGCUGGCCCACAACGCAGCGGCUUUUUGACUUCCUUCUUUGCCCUGGUGGGUACGCAUGGCCUGCACGUGAGUUUCGGUAUUAUUUGGCUGAUUACCCUGAUGUUCCAGAUAGGCCGUCAUGGCCUGACGCCAGAAAAUGGCCGGAGGCUGAUGUGCCUGUCCAUGUUCUGGCAUUUCCUGGACGUGAUCUGGAUCGGCGUAUUUACCUUUGUUUAUUUGAUGGGAGUCUUGCCAUGA